UUCGGACUUGUUUAGUAUUGAAUUGGCAUCAAGACAAAAAAAGUUCUUCGAUAGAAGAGGCCCGCGUUUCCUUUGUUCAAAUAAGAACAAAUAGUUUGAUUCGAUAUUUCUUACGAAUCAACUUAGUGAAAUCCCCCACUCUGUAUACUGGAAAAAGAAAAAAUCUAUUGGAUUCAGGAUUAAUCUCUGAUAAUGGAUCCAAUCGCAUCAAUAUCAAUCCGUUUUCUUCCACUUUUUCCUAUUCCAAGGGAAAGAUUCAACAACCCCUUAAACAAACUAUUCAUAUGUUGUUGAAUAGAAAUAAGGCUUUGCUUAUUUUGUCAUCAUCCAAUUGUUCUCAAAUGGGUCCAUUCAAUGAUAUAAAAUCGAGCAAUGUGAUAAAAGAAUCAAUUACAAAAAAUCCUCCAAUUCCAAUUAGGAAUUCGUUAGGCCCUUUAGGAACAGCUUUGAAAAUUGUAAAUUUUGAUUCAUUUGCCUAUUUUAUAACUUAUAAUAAAAUCCUAGUAACUAACUAUUUCCAACUUGACAAUUUAAAACAGACUUCUCAAGUACUUAAAUAUUAUUUAACGGAUGAAAAUGGGAAAAUUUAUAAUCCCGAUCCAUGCAAUAACAUCAUUUUGAGUCCAUUUAAUUUGAAUUGGUAUUUUAUCUAUCACAAUUAUUGUGAAAAGACAUCUACAAAAAUAAGUAUUGGACAGUUUAUUUGUGAAAAUUUAUGUAUAACCAAAAAUGAGCCACACCUAAAAUCGGGUCAAGUUCUAAUUGUUCAAGUUGACUCUGUAGUAAUACGAUCAGCUAAGCCCUAUUUGGCUACCCCAGGAGCAACGGUUCAUGGCCAUUAUGGAGAAAUUAUUUAUGAAGGAGAUACAUUAGUUACCUUUAUAUAUGAAAAAUCGAGAUCUGGUGAUAUAACGCAGGGUCUUCCAAAGGUGGAACAGGUAUUAGAAGUGCGCUCAAUUGAUUCAAUAUCAAUGAAUCUAGAAAAGAGAAUUGAGGGUUGGAACGAACGUAUAACAAGAAUUCUUGGAAUUCCUUGGGGAUUCUUGAUUAGUGCUGAGCUAACUAUAGCGCAAAGCCGUAUCUCUUUGGUUAAUAAAAUCCAAAGGGUUUAUCGAUCCCAGGGAGUGCAGAUCCAUAAUAGGCAUAUAGAAAUUAUUGUACGUCAAAUAACCUCAAAAGUGUUAGUUUCAGAAGACGGAAUGUCAAAUGUUUUUUUACCCGGAGAACUUAUUGGAUUGUUGAGGGCAGAACGAAUCGGGCGUGCUUUGGAAGAGGCAAUUUGUUACCGAGCCAUCUUAUUGGGAAUAACAAGAGCAUCUCUGAAUACCCAAAGUUUCAUAUCGGAAGCGAGUUUUCAAGAAACUGCGCGAGUUUUAGCAAAAGCUGCUCUUCGAGGUCGUAUCGAUUGGUUGAAAGGCUUGAAAGAAAAUGUUGUUUUAGGAGGACUCAUACCCGUUGGUACUGGGUUUAAAGGAUUAAUGGACCCUUCAAGGCACCAUAACAAUAUUCCUUUGGAAACCAAAAAGAAGAAUGUAUUCGAGCGAGAAAUAAGCGAUAUUUUGUUUCACCACAGAAAAUUAUUUGAUUCUUGUCUUUCAAAGAAUUUCCAUGAUAUAUCAGAACAGUCAUUUAAUUUUCUAAAUGAUUCCUAA